UUGUCGUUUAUAAAUACACAGAGCGAAAGUGUGAGACAAACCUUGGGACAAACCUCGACAAACAGAAUGAACUACUAGUAAAUGGUUGUCAUUGUCCUUGUGAAUAAACAGGUAAACAUAUUUGGCUAUUUUUUCUGUGUGUACGUAGCAUUGUACAUGUACAUUCAUUUGUCCUGUCAAUCAUUUUCGGACAGUAAUUAAGCCGUAGAUAAUGUACAUUCAGCCAUCAUGGGGUCCAGACAGUCAGCCCAGGGAUACACAGAGGGAGAGGACCAGCCCCUCCCACAGCCGCGACCCCCACGUAAACUGAAGCGCCACCUAGUAAAACGAGAGGAUACAUUUAAAAGCAUUGACGAUUACGCCUUGAAGACACCUAGAUCCGCCACAGUAUCAGUUGCAAAGCUGGCCACCCACCUUUCUGAAGGAGCAACAUCCGAUCUAGAAAAGAUCCGCGCUUUCUAUCGUUGGAUCACUGAAAACAUCAGGUAUGACACUCGUCCAGACUUUCACGACAGAGAUAUUGAUACAAGUGGAGCUGCUGUGUUACGCAUGCGUAGUUCUGUAUGCAUCGGCUAUGCAAACCUCUUCUCAGAUUUAUGCAGAGAAUGCAGGAUUCCUGUGAAAAUCAUUUCCGGAUACUCAAAGUCGUUCAAUUACGAUCCGGAAAUGAGCUUUUCUACUGACAAAACUCCAGAGCAUGCGUGGAACGCUGUAUAUUUAAACGGUGACUGGCAAUUUGUUGAGUGUACAUGGGGAGCAGGAUCACGUGACGACAGAGGCAAUUUUGUUAAGAACUUCUCAGAUUUUCAUUUUUUGACAGAACCCAAGCAUUUCAUCGUGACCCAUUUUCCUUAUAUGGAUAGUGACAUGUCUAAGAGUCAAACCUGGCAACUGCUUCCAAAGCCCUUAACAUUGGAGGUAUUUAACAAACGACUGAAAGGCUUUACAGGGAUGUACAGAUGGAAAAUCAAGCCUUUAUCACAUCCUGAUGGUGUCACCAACUUUUCCAACAAAAUAGAACUUACCAUGGGGUAUCCAAAAUCUUCCUAUUUUUUCGUUAUGGCACGGUUAUCCAAGAAACUGUCUGCACGAGAUUUUGAUCAACAUGCGCUUGUAGAAAACAUGGGUGGCAAUAAAGUAAGAAUUCGAGUUGCUCCACCUGAAAGGGGAACCUACAUACUAAAACUGUUUGGUCGCAAUGAUCCAAAGGUGGAAGAGCUGUCUGCUGUAGCAAAUUACGUUCUGAAAUGUGAGGAAACUGGAGACAGCUCGUUUGCUUUCCCAAAGCAUCAGGGUCCCUUUGGUCCUUAUCACGACUCUCUUGAAGCAGGGUUCCAUAGUUCUACCGGAAAAAACGCCGUGUUGGAAAGCAGGAAUGGAAAGCUUGAUCUUCAGAUCAAAACUACCAAAAAAGUUGAAGCCAUUGCGAAGUUGGAGCACGCAACGAAAAAUCUCAAUCCAAACGAUAAUUAUGUUUUACUAGAGAGGGAUAAAGGGAAACUCUGUGUCAAAGCUAAGUUCCCUUCAAAGGGAUACUACAAGCUAAGUAUAUUCACUAAAAACGAGAAUGCCGACACUUACUCUCCUAGAAUAGCUUACUUGGUUUUCUGCAGCGAAGAUCAUCCUAAUUGUGAACCAUUCCCAAAAGUCUUUCCUCAAACAACUCAGUUUGAAUGUCGUCUUCUGUCCCCUGUCACGUGCGAAUUAAAAACGCAUGCGCAGGUGAAGUUUCGGUUCUCUUCUCCUAGCAUCGUUCAGGCUUUGCUACAUGAUUCUCCAAUGGAGAAGAAGGGAAACAUUUGGGAGGGAACUAUGAAGACACCUGGACCCGGAGAACGAAUCCAGAUUUCAGCUAGCGACCAAAAAGGCUCAAAGUAUUGGAGGAUAUACGAGUUUAGUGUCAUGUGAGGGUGACUUUGGUUAUGAGUGAUAUAUUUUAAAAACAUUUCACUUCUUAUAUGCAAAAAUCAUGAAUGACUGAAGUAUACACAAUGGGGAUACAGUGUAAACUGUCUAAUCCGACAUCUGUGCAAUCCGUCACAUUAAUCGUAAAUUCCGAAGUAAAUUUUCGGACCCAUUUUACUAUUUUGCAUGUAUUUUACACUGUCCAAUCCGACACCCUGUCUAAUCCGACACAGAAUUCAUCUCCCAGCGCAUGUCGGAUUAUACAGGUUUCACGGUAUAAACAUGUAUUCACUGAGGGAUCUGAUCAUCCACUGUAUUGAUAUUUUAUACUUGUUGUUACGCAUAUUACUGACAUUGUCUUCCAAAGACUUUAAAAAACUUAGCGGUGCUUCGUUUACAUACUUAUUCAUGAGAAUUUUUUUUUUAUGUAAACAUUUCUUGAAUUAUUUGAUUUUAUAAUCUUUUAGCUUAGACGUAUUUUUUUUGCUGUGAUAGAUUUUAUAGAGCAUUGUCUCAGUAAGGUUGUAGUGAUGUCCAUUGCUGAACACUCAUCUGUUUCAUGAUAACAUGCUUACUAUUUAUAUGUGAUAUGUGUUAUUAUUACAUUUUUUAUACUGUACCUUACAAAAAAUUCCAAUUAAGCAAUUGAAUUGUAAAUUAAGGACAUUCAAAUUGCUUAAUAUAUUUUCAUUUAUUGAUUUCGUUGUAGAUCGAAAGAAUACUAGUAUUACUUGUUUGAAGAAAAAUUUGCUUCAUU